GGUUACACUGCAUGUCAACUUCGCAUGCAUGUCAAAUCCUUACUGGCAGUUGGAUGCACAAAAGACCGCGUGUCACAACCACCGACGGCAGCUUAUAAAUUUCCACGACUCUUGUUGCACCUUAAAUGCAUCCUACCGUGUAAUAAUCUACGGGAUUCACUUACUCUCAAAUCCGCCGAGACACAACCUUGGUGGUGAGUAAGUUGUGAUGGACACCAUCCAGCCAUCUCAAGCACAGUCCGCCCCUUACGGUCAGGCCUGUCGAGAUUGCUCGAGAGCAAAGUGCAAGUGUAUAUCUCGUGCACGAAAUGAACCUUGUGAUAGGUGCCGUCGUCUCGACAAGGCCUGUGUCCCCCGAGAACGAGUCAGAACCCGCAAUGGGAAAACGAUGGGGUCGUUGAGAGCCGCGCAAGAAAAUCAGCUCGUGUCGAAAAUCGAUAGCUUGGUGUCACUGCUGACCUUUGUCCCCGAAUCCUCACCUGCAGCGGCACUACCCAAUUCAAACAGGCUCUCCAACCUGGACACCUUGGUUGAAGCCGUGACGAACCAAAUAUCCGCAGGGAACUCCCGAUCCCCCCCGUUGCAGCAUGCAUACCCAUCUCGAGAGCUGUCGAGCUCAUCUCCUCUUGCCCUUCCCUCGGGAUCCAGUGCUCGUGCGAGCUCUCACCCGUCCCUUUGGUCGAGAACAUUCCUCUCGCCUGCUCUGGAACUCAGUCCCGUUGAUGCCGCUAUCUCUAAUUCGCCUUGUUUUUCGGGCUUCCAGCCAUCUCCUAGCGAAGCAGAAGAGUACUUUCAGUUAUUCCGUACACAGUCACUGCCCUAUUUGCCAUUUAUCCAUAUUGCACAAUGCACAUCCGCUCAAGAAUUCCAGCAAGAAAAGCCCUUCCUGUUCAAGGUCAUUAUGGCCAUUGGCUCGCCCUCGACUUCUCAGAAACUGGCCCUCGGUACAGAAAUUAGAGACGCACUGGCUAGACGCAUUAUAGUUGAGAAUGAAGAUAGCGUAGAUGUCUUACUUGGACUACUUGCUUUCGUCACGUGGGGCCAUGACCAAUUCAUGGUCCCGCUCAAUUUAUCUCGUUUUACUCAAUUAGCCAUGUCACUUGUCUUCGAUCUGCGUCUUAAUAAACCACUUCCGAUUGAUCUAUAUAUGAUAUCAGCUAUCGAUACUGGGGCCUCUGAUCCAUCUCCACGGCUCCAACCAACACGAAGUUUAGAUGAGAGACGAGCAGUAUUGGCUUGUUUUCUACUGAGCUCCAAUGUGUCCUUAUACUUUGGGAAGAUAGAUGCCCUCCGAUGGACUACAUACAUGGAUGAAUGUCUGCAAGUAUUGACUGGCAGUCAAGAUUAUCCCGGAGACGAGAUGCUGGUGACACAAGUUCGACUACAGCUUCUCACAGACAUCGUCACUCGGGCUGCCGAGGGCGUCAGCUAUGGUGGCCAGUCUAGCCAGCGAAGUGGAACCCCAUCUCUUUAUCUCAAAGCCUUGCACUCUGAUUUGGCCACAAUCAAACGUAGUAUUCCUCCUAACCUUCAACAAAACGAUCUUUUGCUCGCGCACAUAUUCAACACUGAGCUCAGUAUCAAUGAGAUGGGGAUUUCAAAGACCCCUACCUCAUCCAGCAGUACAGACUUUCAGCGACUGGAACCAUUAUAUGCAUGUCUCAACUCAAUUAAGUCUUGGUUUGAUAUUUUCUUUGAGCUACCAUUAAUGGCAUACAUCGGUAUUUCCUUUCCCUUCUUCGCACAGCUUGGACAUUGUGUUGUAGCUUUAUAUAGACUGUCAACAUUGGAAGAUCCAGCAUUAGACAAAGAGCUGCUUAGACAGACUGCAGAUCUUCUUGAGAUAUUGGAUCGAAUAAUACAUAACAUACAGAGGGUGAGGGAUAUGGAUGACGAGCAUCAUAAGGGAGAUAUGUUUACCCGAACGAUCAAGAUAUUCGAAUCAAUCCGUAUACGUUGUGGUUUAAAGCUGGGUGAUAUCACAAGCUUGUCUAAUGCCGGAGAAUAUCGUUUUGGUGGUAUGAUGGAAGAUAGCUCGUUCAUGGAUGUCUCAGGUGAUGCAUGGUUAGGAGAUAUGCUGGGCUCGUGGGACUAUUGAAUAUUACCAUCUUUGCAAUCAAACUUGAAAUCAAGCGUAAAUCGAAGUACACCAUGAUAAUAAUAAUAUCAAAGACUCUGUGCAUGUUUUUGAUAUCUUGAAGAUAAAAUCUCACGUCACACCGUUCCUCAUGUGGA